AUGCGGGCCACCGCCACUCACGAGGACUGUGAGCUCUUGUUCUCCGUGGCUGACGUGACCAGCAGCACGCUGAAGCCGGCCAGCAGCACGCUGAACCCGGCCAGCAGCUUGGCCAGCAGCCACGCUGAAGCCGGCCCCAGCAGCACGCUGAAGCCGGCCAGCAGCACGCUGAAGCCGGCCAGCAGCACGCUGAAGCCGGCCAGCAGCACGCUGAAUCAUGUUUCCCAGCACCAUGAGGAUGAGAAAAGAGCGCUGAGUCGAGAGAUCAUCGUCCUCAACAAUCACCUCAUGGAGGCCAAGAUCACCAUUGAAAAGCUCAGAGAGGACAAUGACCUGUACAGAAAGGACUGUAACCUGGCAACACAGCUCCUACAGUGCUCCAAGUCACACCGCAGAGCCCACAAGCUGUCUGAGCUGCCCAUUGACUUCCAGGAGCGGGUGAGCUCCCACAUGGAGAAGCAAGGCCGUGGCGUCACCAUGGCGCUGUGCCACUCGCCCUACUCCGACGCUGUGCCCACCGCCGUCAUAGCCAAGGUGCUAGAGAAGCCGGAGCCGGGCAGCAGCUGCCCCAACACCCGUUCGCCCAGCCCCCAGCCAUUGGAGGAUGAGGGCCAUGACCAUAACUUUGUGCCCUCUAGCGUGGGCGGCGGCACCGAAAGCCUCCGGCGCCGCACAGCGUACCGCACAUCGGACCUCUACUGCAGCGACACGGCCCUCUACUGCCCCGAGCGCUGGCAGGAGCGCAGACAGAGCGUGGACGUCCAUGCCCGCCCCAUGGGUCUCCUUCUCCAGGCCCAGAACUCCACAGACUCCAACCCCGAGGAGGAAGCCUUCCAUUCGGGUAACUUCUCCCAUCAUGGGGCCCCCUCCUUCCAUGGAGAGUUUGCUGUGGGCUCCUUGAGGGCCACUAGCUCCUACUCCAGCUUCAGCCAGGCAUCGGAAGACGAGAAGGGCGGGGAAGGCUGCGGCGGUGGACCCAGCAGCACCAUGUCCUCCUCCCACCAUGGGCUCUACAUGGACUGGCGGGAUGGAGGUUACGGCGAGCGAAAGAGCACCUCAUCCUAUGAGAAGGACAGCCCUCCUGGCCACAGCGUCUUCCCCAAGUCCCACAGCUUCCAGCACAUGGCAAUGCCGCCUUCCCCCAGCCCUGCGAAAGGCGGCGGUGGCUCUUCACCGGCAUACGUAUGCACAGCAUCCUGCGGCUACAGUGAGCCGUACCACUCGCCGCUCAACGCAUCGCCACACAGCGUGGGCUCAGCCCAGGGAGGAGGAGGACCCCGGGGUGCGGAGCGCUCCGAUAGUCAGGCCAGCAUGGUCAGCAUGGGUGCCCCCACCGAGGAGGAACUGACUGGACGCUGGAGGCAGCUGAGCGUAGAGGACAUCAACUCGUACUCUUUCAACCGCAACCCGGGCCGUGUGUCUCCCUACAGCUUCUCCGAGCAGCACUUUGCCAUGGGCCCGGCCAAGAUUAAACUGGGGCCUCUCUACAGCAGCUUCCAGGAGGGGGACGACAACGUCUUCCUCCACAGCCAUGUGCUGGACCAGUGCUUGGCUGCUGCCGCCGGUGGUGGCCUCUCACCCAGCCCCAGUCCCAGUCCCAAACACCCCAGCCUGGGCCUGCGGGGCAAGCCGGACAAUCCCCCGCCCCUGUACAGAGCCAAGGUAGACAGCCAGGACUCAGAGUGCAGCCUGCAGUUCCUCUCAGGGAGCCUUAAGGAUAAGGAGAGCGGGGCUGCUGGAGCGGCAGGGGGGAGCAUGAACAAGGAAUACGUGGACGUGAGCCCCAACAGCUCAGCUGAGUCCUUACACCACCAAAGCUCCCUGGAAGCCUCCAGUCUGCAGCACUACCAGAGGGAGAGAAUGAGGCCCAGCCCUAGCCCGGCACUUCCCAAAAAGAGUUCUCAACAAUACCAAAAAUUUGGAAGCACAGGAACAGGACUGAGCAGGAAGGACAGUCUGACCAAGGCCCAGCUGUACGGCACCCUCCUGAAUUGAACCGCUCGGUAACACUUUACUUAGACCUGACAGGUAUAAUGCAUUAUGAUGCAGUUAUAAUGCAUUGUAAGACUUGUCAUAAGCACGUAUGACCCCAUUAUAAAUUCUUAAUAUUAUCUCAAUGACUAAAUGGUAGCAAUUUUGAAAAUGUGUUUCAUAAAAGGACUUAACAAACUGUAAACCUUGUAAUAAGACAUGAAAGCUCAAACGUGCUUACAACAAGCAAUAAAGCAUUAUACCUGCCGGCUUGAAGUAGUGUAUCCAACAGCUUCUCCUAUUAUGCAUGAUGAUUGUGUAGGUCUCCAUGUUUCCUGUGGCAAACACACAGUUGGUGUGGAUGUGAGAUGUUCUUGUAAUCCUGCGAAGGCACGUUUCAAGCUGUAUGAGAAGCUACACAGCUGUUGUUGUUGUUUUGGCUGUUUGUUUAUGUCAUGAUACGGUGUAGUUAUCAGAGAUAAGAGCCACUAGAUUUCCGUACCGUUUCUUACAGUAUAUCAUCCCUUAGUCUCUCAGACAGCCAUUCAGAAAGCUCAAAGCUAUUUUGUGGAAGGCUCAUAAGUCAAAUUAUCCCUUAACAAUGACAGUAUUGAGGCGGUAACUACUGUACAUACACUAUUAGCAUUUGAAGUAUGUCAGUAAAACAUGCCAUUUAGUACCAAGCACAUUGGUAUCCUUUAGUACCAAGCACAUUGGUAUCCUUUAGUAC